AUGGAGCGGAGAAAAUCAAUCGAAUCAUUAACAAGCAACAUGGAUAUAGGGUGCAGAAAAUCAACUGAACGAGAGCCUGUAGACAUGAAACUCGACAAUAAUUAUUAUGAUGAUACCUUCAGAGACUCUAAAAAAGAUCAUGGUUCAAUUGCUACCAAAGUUUUGAUAACCUCACGAGGACCU